AUAGAGCAAAUAGAUUCUCCACCUCCGUUCCCCUCCUCCGCCAGGAAAGAAUCCAUCGCCGACGCCUCAGCCGUCGCGCCGAUUCAUUAACAUAAAUAAAAGAUAUACUUUCAGUCUCUCUAAUGGCAUCCUCUGCUUGGUCUAGCUUCCACAUCUGUUCUCUCGCACGCCAUUCUCAAUGCCUCCCAACUCUAUCUCCUCCUACCGCCUCCGCCGCCGCCAAUGGACCUUCCCCCUUCACCAAACUGAAAACAUCGCACUCAAACAGAAUUACGUUUCUUCCUAUCGAAUUCUCAUUAUCUCCAAUUACCGCAAAUCGCUCGUCGGCCUUCGCCACAGCGGUGGCUGCAAGGAGCGGCGGCAGCGGAAGUGGCCAAAUCUAUAAGAAAGAAGAGAGCAUAGAAGAGGAUGUGGAGGAGGAAUUGCCGUGGAUACAAGAGAAGGCAUUGGACAUGGUUGAAUUCACCAGUUCCGUCACUCAGGCAAUUCCCGGGCCUCGCGUCGGUCGGAGCUCUUUGCCGUGGAUUCUCGCUGUGCCGUUGGCUUACUUUGGCGUCACUUUUGUUAUUGCCUUCGUCAAGACCGUCAGGAAGAUGAAUUCCCCUAGAGCAAAGCGUCUCAAAUUGGUUAACAAAAAUGUUUUUCUUUGCAAAUCAAUCGAUGAGCUGUUUGAGAAAGGACGACAGCACCUUGAUAAUUCAGAGUUGGAAAAAUUGAUGCAAAAGACAAAUUUUGAUAUGGAGAAUAUUUUGCGCAAAUAUAUUCGAUAUGCUUUAAAUGAGAAGCCAUUUAAUCCAGAUUUGAUAGCUGAUCUAAUUCAACUUAGGAAGGCCUCACAAUUAAAUGAUUUUCAAGUAGCUGGGGUUGUGAAUGAAAUCUCAAGACGUAUUGUGAAAGACAAAGGUCCUGUUGUCAUGGACAUGUCAGGCUAUUCUGAGAAGGGCUUCAAGAGAAAACUUGCGGUGCAAACUCUAUUUGGAAAGGUUUAUUAUUUGUCAGAGUUGCCAGAGUUUUGCUCAAGGGAUAGCUCCUUAACUGUCAAAGAACUUUUUGGGGUAGCAGACGAGGAUGCCGAAAAGCUUAGACUGCACACUGUCCCAGACGUUGGGGACGUGGGGUCAUUGGAAAAGAUGAUCGAUGGCUCUGAUUCGGAAGAUUCAACAGACGAGCCUUCUAAUGCUUCCUGAUUGCUGUAAAUAUUGUUGCCAGAGAACAUUGUGGUUCAUGGCAAGUGGUUGGGGUGACUAAGUAAUGGAGUGAAGUGUAAAAGUGGCCCACCUCACUGCAGUUUCCGGUGAAGGAAUGUUGCACUCCCACAUCACCUUGUUACGAGCUUUCCAAAUUGCCCAAUUAGCUCCGGCCACCACUUUGAUUUACGUUCAUUGCACUAGUCUCUUUAAUAAAAGGGCAAUGCCACAUGCUAGGGUGUCUAAGUAUGACUCCAAGCUUGUCUCAUGCUUCACAGUGGCAAUGACACGAUUCAUUUUCUGUGUGUGUGUGUUUAUGAGAAGGUGAAAGUAAAUUUGGGGGUUAGUC